UUCUGGUUUUUCUUGUUAGUGUUUCACUCGUAGAUUUACAAAUACAUGCAUCGCAGGUUGUACCUGAGGUGGAGAGCGAGAGUGAGAAAGAAAAGAGAGAAAUAGAGAGAAGAAAAAGUGAGAGAGAUUAGUUUAUUGGAAGAAAAGAUAAAAAUGGCUUUAGAUAUGUGAUUUCGAGCUCAGUCAUUUCAAAGUUCAUUUAAUUUUUGCAUCCUAUUAGCUAACAUUUCAUUAGGUUCUAUUUCCAUUCCUGGUUUACCCAAAUUUUCCGAGUCAACUCAUUCAACUAUUCCAUCUUAUUAACAAAGUUAACUUUUUCUUGUGUAUUUUUUUCUUUUCUUUUGUUCAAUCUCUUCAACUUUUUCAUCGUUUAUCAUCUCAUCACAUUAUUGUUUACUUGCAAAUUGUUUCCAAUUAAGAUUAAGAUACACAAAUGUAUAAACAAACAACUAUGACAACCAUAAUCAAAGCAUGUGUAACCCAACUUUCAACUUCAGUCAUCUUAAUGUGCCUUCUAUCCAGUUGGGUACAAACAAGAUCUCUGUUUCGAGAUAGAAGGGCAUUCAUUUACAUCGCCAAUGAAACAGCUUGUAUUGUGGAUAAUAUAAUAUAUCAUGAUGGUGAUCCAAUUCCAACGGACGAUCCUUGUGAAUCGUGUAAAUGUAGACCUCCAGGUUUCUCAUGUGUUUUACGAGAGUGCAAAGUAAAACCAGGAUGUAAAGCCAUCCGCCGGGAAGGCGAAUGUUGUCCAGAAUAUCAAUGCGGUUGUGAGCAUAAUGGAAAGUUUUUUAAUGAUGGCGAUCACAUACCAAAUGCUGAAAGUCCUUGCUAUUCGUGUUAUUGUCAAGGAAGCUCAAUCACUUGUGCCUUAGCUGAUUGUAAAUUUAGGUUUGAUUGUGAACCAGAAUAUGUACCUAAUGAAUGCUGUCCAAGAUAUGACCAUUGCCAACCAGAAACACCUUUCUGGACUACCACUUCAAAAAGGCCAAUUAUUACUAGAAUCACAACCAUGUCAACAACAGCAGCUUCACCAACUACAACAACAACCACCUCAACUCCAACCUUAACCAGCACUGCCAUUGUAACCAAUGAUGCUUCCCAAUCAACAUCGGUUACUGCGACAAGCGAAACAUCUGCCAACCCUGAAAUCAGUAGUCCAUUGUCACCCUCGACAACAACAACAAUUAGCUCUAUGUCUAGCACUUUAUCAAAGGACGAACCUGUUUCAAUAUCCACUCAAUAUGAAGAUAAAACAACAGCAACUUCUUCAAUGAGCUCGACUUCAGAGGCGCCAUUAUCAACAUCAUCAUCGACAACAGUUUCAUCUAUAAUGAUGGAGGCUACAACAAAUAAACUUGAAGAUGAAACAUCCGAUACUUCAUCUGUUUCAAAAACAUCCACUUCUGAUGAAAAUACGGUGACAAGUUCAACCAAUUCACCUUCAACUCUAGCAACCAAUCCAGUUUCAAUUGAUGAUAAAUCUGAAUCACUAAUGCCAAUAUCUGUUGCAUCAGUAACUACUGAAAAAGCUGAAUCUAGCGAUGAAAAGCCUUCUGAUGAAGCAACUCCAAACGAAACUACAACCUUGUCAAGCUUAUUGCCGGAAUCUUCAUCAACCUCUGAAAAAUCUGUUGAAUCUGUUGAAUCUGUGGUAACAUCUGAAUCAACUGACACAGUUGAGAAGGCAUCUCCAGAAGAUACUUUCACCACUCCAAGUAUCACCUCAUCUGAACCAGAAUCCGAUCCCGGGACACCAUCAAUUGAAAACAAGGUUGAGGCAACAACCAUUUCUAACGAACCAACCAGCUCUGAAGAAAAUGAACCCGCAACUAAAGUAGAUACAAAAUCUGAGGAAUCUGAAGAGUCUAAGGCUGUCAAUAAUUCUGAAAGUGAUAGCAAUACAGAUUCAAGUGGAGAGAGCAAAACAGAGGAAGAAAAUAAUCAAAGUAAUGGAGAUAAUUCAGACCCGGUGGCUACAACUGUAUCUAAUGAAAUGUCCGGUGAAACUACAACAGUUGGCUUAGAAGACAAUUAUUUAACAACUCGUCAUUGGGUUGAAGAUUCAGAGUUACGAGCUGAACAUAAGAAUGGUGAUUCUGAUAUGAUUGUUGAAUCAGAUUUAGACCAUAACAAUGAAUCUCCUACCAUGACAGUCUCAAGCUCUUCUGAAGGGCCCAUCAAUGAGGCAAUGGAUAAAUCACCUGAAGAAGAUAAAACAAAUACUAAAGUAAAUUCUGAACCAGAAACAACUUUAAACCCUGCUUCGGCUGAGGACCAUAACUCGAAUCCACCUGAAACAUUCUCGGAAAUUACAAUUAAUAACAGUAAUGAUAGCAAUAUUAGUUCUAAUAAUGUUAAUAAUUUAAAUAGUAAUGCUAGUAAUGUUAAUAAUUUAAGUGAUAAUGUUAAUGGUGUUGGGGAUAUUGCCAUUAGCACUACAAUAUCUGCAACUUUACACCAAAAAGCAAAGCAUUUUAAAUGCCCUACAUGUCAUAAAAAACUUUACACGGGACCAGGUAUGGCUAUUCAUUGUAUUCAGGUACAUAAAGAAACUAUUGACAAGAUACCAAAUGCUCUACCUAACCGUAACAGUGUGGAUAUCGAAAUUUAUGGAAUGGAAGGUAUUCCAGAGGCCGAUCUAAGAGAACAUGAACGACAAAAAGGAAAUCCAUCUAAUGAUGUUCCAAUAAUGAGCCAACCAUCUUCUGGGAUGCCUCAAAUGCCAAAAAUGCCGCCGCCACUAACAAGUCCAGCUGCAAUGGUCGCUGCAGCUUCUGGUAUGAUACCACCUCAAGUGGUAGGGUUGAAUAUUCCUCCUCCAUCAACGCCAUACAUGAUGCCUGGUUACCUACCACCCGCUCCAUACACAGCACCACCGGUUCCUGUACAACCUCAAACAAAUCCUAAUGUUUAUGCAACCAUCGGUGCUCCUUCAACCCCAUAUGUUUCUACAUUACCCCUUCAGUCACCUUUAAUUCCACCGCAACCAUUGGUUAAUUCGGUGAUUCCAACUGGCACAUUAACAAAUGUACCUAGUAAGCCACUUUUCCCCUGUGUAUCAAACACAGGCGCUGAUAAUUCAUCUUCGACCACUGUUGUUGGAGCUGAUUUUAAGCCUAUACUUAGUAACUCGACAAGUACAACCAAUCCACCUUCAUCUAGCUCUGUAAUUUCCAAACCAGCGUCAGUUGCCUCAACAGGUGCAACAUCUAGAAUAAUUCAUCCCGAAGAAGAUAUUUCACUUGAAGAAUUACGAGCGCGAUUGCCUAAAUAUGCAGCUUCACAAAAAAUAAUAGAGACUAGAUUUUUUGUCUUAAUUCUGGGUGCUCUAACACCACCACCUACAAUUGAUACUCCAGUAGCAAAUAUACCGGCAGCGGCUCCAACAACACUCAGUGAUAUAGAUAGGCCGAUACCCAUGUUUGAGUUUAUUUUAAUGAAGCAAAUGGCUACAAUGGAUCAUAGGACUUCUUCCACUGGUGGUCAAUUGAACAACAGUCCAUUUGAUUUUACCAAUGAUGAAGUACAUAAAUUGGAUGAAGUGUUGUCGAGUGAUUCAGUGAAGCAAAUUUUGUCAGAUUCAAAGAGCUUUGAACAUUUAGCAGCAACCAUAUUGGAUAAUCAUGGGUCUGCCCACGGAACUGUCUCUGGUUCUAAUUUAUCAUCAUCUUCAACUGUUAAUCCAUCAACCGCUACUGUUGCUUCAGGACAUGUUGCCACAGACCAAGAUGGCCUGGACUUUGUUGAUGCUUUGGAUUCCUUGGUGAAUCAAUUAACUCGAGAUCAUCCACAUCAAAAUCAACCUGAGGUAGAUUUACUCGGAGGUAAUCUGGAAAUUGGAUCUUCCUCUGGUCCUCAUUCUCAUCUAGUAUCUACAAAUAACAAUGGUCAAUCAACUGGCCAUUCGGUUGCUGCUAUCCCUACAUUUCACUUUAUCGAUACCAUUCAACUUGAUCAUCCUUAUGCUUGUCAACCUGUGCGUCAAAGAAUUCCCCAAGUCAACAAUGAGAUUGUCACAACGGAACAACCACCAUCAACUGCUCCAAUCGCUCCUGUUGUUGCUCCUGUUGUUGACUCUGUUGUUGAUUCUGUCCCAAGUUUACCCAUCAGUAAUCAGACUAGAGAAACAGAGCCUACUUUCUCUUACAAUACUGCUAGUUCAUCUUCCUUUUCUCCACCAUCUACACCUCAAAGGAGAUCUCAGAGACAAAUCGAACGUAUAGAGAAGUCAGUUUUGGAGAAGAUAAAAGCAGAGAACGCUGAAAUGUUGAAAAGGGAAAAGGAAGAAAUGGAAGCAGCCAAAUUACCUAAACCUGCAGAAAGCAUAAUAGCCCGUAAGCCGGACAAUGAUCUUCCUGAAGCAAUUACUGUUAAAAAGGAAGAUGUCGAAGAUGAUGACAAAGUUGAAGACGGUUUAAUAAUCGACUUCGAUCAACAAGAAAAGAAGAAAGUUCAAAGAAAGCGUGGAUCGACUCCCGGAGUAGCAACUGGUCCAAAACGCAAAAAGAAGGCUCCAGAAAACACCGUUAAAGUGAAAACUGAAGAAACUAUAAGUAAAUUGGAAACUGCAAAAGAAAAUGUUGAAUCUAAAGAAAUAACUAAAAGUACUGGUCAGAGAUCCCAGAGACAGAGGAGGAAGCCAAAAAGAUGGGAUGACGACGAGGUCGAGGUCGAUUUUUCUGGUACUGCUUCAGAACUUGCUUCUGAAUCAACACCAUCAUCUGCAAAGAAAAUUUGUGUUCGUCAAGAGCCCGAAGUCAAAGAUAAAACAGUGUCAAGUGACGAGGAGAACGAGGAUGAUGAGGACGAAGAUGAUCCAGAUAAGCUAUGGUGUACUUGUAGGCAACCGCAUAAUAAUAGGUUUAUGAUUGAAUGUGAUGGAUGUUCAGAAUGGUUCCACGGAACAUGUGUUGGAGUCACUCGAGCGAAAGGUACUAUGUUUGAAAAGGAGGGCAAAAAGUGGUACUGCUCAAAAUGUAGAACUGCGAAACCCGCUGAAACUAAAACCCCAAAAGUUGUAGUGAAGCAAGAACCAUCAUUAUCGCAGCCAAUAAAAUCUCCAUCUGAUACUUCAUUGAUGCUGGCUACUAUUGAAACCACUCUACAGCCAACAACACCGACGCCGACGCCGACGCCGGCACCAGCAUCUCUUUCUCCAGUUCCAACAGAGCCAACAGUCGCUACUACACCAGCACCAGUUUCUUCCACAGUGACUGAAGCACCAGCCAAAUCCACUUCCCCGCCCACUAAUCCUGUGAACAUUCAAACAACCCCUAAAAAGCCUAUUAAAGCAAAGAGUAGCGAAGGAAAAGAAAUAUUGAGUAAAAAAGUUGUAAAAAAUGAAAAUUUGAUUUCUAUUGGAGACGUUUUGAAACAGCGUAAACUCAAAGCUGCUGGAGGGAAUAUUUCUUCGAUUGAGAAAAAAGAAAAAAAACGAUUGAGAAAGUUAAUUAAAUCAUCUAAAAUGGAAUUGACAAAGAAAAUUACCAAAGUGGAAAAAACUAAACCUAAAUCGAGUCCUGAACUAGGAAAAGAUCAGGAUAAAGAGAGUAACAAGGAAAAGGAGACAGAUAAAAAUAAAGAGAAAGAGAAGGACAGUAAUAGAUGGGAACCUAUCAGUAAAGUCGUUCCUUUGAUAAGGAAACAAGAAGAUAAGAAGAAAAAACUAAAGAUGAAUCCAAUUGACCCAAGUUUUAAUGAUCUUUUCAAAGCAGAACCUAUCAUGAUGCCCAAAAAGUUAGGCCAAUCUGCUCCAUCAACACCCAACACACCGAGUUCAUUAACGCCCAACUCUAAAAGGCCCUCGAUUGGAGGGGAAAGUUACCGGAAAAAGUCAUUAUCAUUAAGUGAACAAAAUUGUGUCUCUUGUGGAAAAACAAUUUCUAAAGGUGCCAUCAAGGGUAAAGAGUUCAGCAUUUACUGUACAGAAGCAUGUUUGGAAAAACACGUUAAAGACUCACUUGAUGUCAUCAAACAAUUUCGUGCUCACAGCUCAAAUGCAAAUGGCAAUAAAGCUGAGAAACUUCGUGUAAAUCUUGUGGAAAAGUCAACUGGUCGUCUCAUUUCGGGAGCAAGUGCACCAACUGAAGACAAGGUCUUAGAAUAUGUUAAACUGAAUCCUACGUUUGAAGUUUUGAAACCUAACCUUGUCCGUCGUCAAAGUAGUCAAUCCAGCGAUCAUGAAAAGAAGAAAGAUGCACCUAAAGCAACAACACCUCAAAUUAAAGGAUCUUUGACCAAGAAAAAAGAAGAUGGCAAUGCCAAACAAAAACCAAGUGAGAUUACCGCCAAAACCGAUUCUAGAAGGGAUGAUAAUUCAGUCGAAACUAUACGUCAUAAUGUCAAAAAGGUUUUGAAGGAAACUUUACAAACCAGGUGUCAAGAAGCUGACAAUAAAUUGCUCGGCGAAGAUAUUAAAAAAAUAGCCUUCAAGAUCGAAGAGGAACUUUUUAACCAUUUUAACAAAGAAACUAGUAACAAGUACAAAACACGAUAUCGAAGUUUGGUUUUUAAUUUGAAAGAUCCUAAAAAUCAAGGUCUAUUUCGUAAAGUUUUGACCGGAAGUAUAACACCCGAUAGGCUGGUUCGCAUGUCUCAUGAUGAGCUGGCCUCAUCAGAAUUGGCCAAAUGGAGAGAAAGAGAGAAUAAACACGCAUUAGAAAUGAUCAAGAGAGAAUCUGAAGCAAUGAUUCAACAAGUAAUUGUGAAAAAAACCCAUAAAGGAGAAGAAGUUAUCGAAACUAAGGCAUCAAUUGAGACCAUUGAUCCAACCAAAGAAGAAGAAGUACCCAAAGCUGCAGAAGUGGUGUCAACAACAAUAGUAACUCAGGAAACUCCUUCUAAAGAAAAAAUCACUAGCAAUGCUUUAUCUGCUUUAGAUCUACUGAGAGAUAGCUCACUAGAUAAACAAAAAGAAGAAGAUACUACAGACAAACACGGGCAACACUUAUUUGACGCUCAUUGUAAAAUAUGUACAAAAAAAACCAAAUCCGAUCUUAGUUUGUCUCAUUUAAAGUCUAAAAAACCAGUAUCACCCCCAAGAUCAGUAAUCGAGAGUAAAACACCAAAACCGAAGAGAGUCAGAGUUGAAUUUGAAGCACCAACUACAAGAAUUAUUGAAGAAGCUGUCAAAGCUUCUAAAUCAACUAAACCUGUAUCAUUUUCAACUAAUGAAUCAAGUAUUCACGAAUCUAGUGAAGAUCUUGUAGCUUCAUCAACUGUCUCUCCACCGCCCGAAGCAAAAAGCAAUUUAAUUCCUUCUUGUUGGAAAGGUUUUAUUUAUAUGGUUGAUGUUGCCAAAUUCUUUGCAACAGCUUAUAGAAUCAGCGGAAUCUCCGACAAUCGAUUGAAGGAUGUACCCGAUUCCAUUACUGUACGUGGGCGUAUUGCUCCUGAGCAAGUAUUGGAUUAUCUUAAGAAAUUAAAGUCAACUCGUACAGAUAUAGCAGUUAUACAAUUUGAACCAGCCCAUCAUGAAGAGAGAACUCAGUACGAAAAAUUUUUCGAAUAUUUAAACACAAGGAAAAGAUAUGGCGUUGUUGGAGCAGGGAAAUCAAUUAAAGACUUUUAUAUUCUUCCGUUGCCAAAAGAUGCAGAUCCUCCCGAAGUACUGUUACCUUUUGAUGGACCCGGUAUACCCUCUAAUAGACCUAAUCUUUUGUUAGGAAUUCUAGUAAAAAAUAGAAAACAUCCUUCUAAAUCUAUUGUUAAAGAGAAAAUUGCUAGUGAAAAUAAAAAGAUAACUGAAAGCGCCAUUUCAUUUAAUAGAGAGCAACCUGAUAGAUCUUAUACACCACCACCUCAAGGUAAGCCCGGCGCAUUUCCAAAAGUUGAGGAAGCUACAAAUGAAGAACCAUAUGAUCCUGGUACAAGUUUAACACCUCCCCCGAGAGACGAACCGCAAGAAGAAUCAGAGAAAAAAGUUGAUGAAGAUGAGCCUUACGACCCCGAAGAAAAUGACAUUCUCAACAUUCCAUCAACAUCGGCGCCAUCAACAACACCAGUAACAAUACCAUCAACAGCAUUAGAAACAAGCAUUGAACAAGCUGCAACAACAGCAAAUCAUCAAAAGAUAUCUCAAUUACUGGAACAAUUAUCUAAAGCUUCAAAUCCAAUGGAUAUGGAGGAAAUUAUUAAGGACACAAUUUCAAAAGAGACCUCUGAAGAUGAGAAAAAAUUACUCCAAGAUGCGUACAAUAAAAAAAUCGAGGACUAUAAUAGGCAAUUAGAAGAACAAAGGAAAGCAGCCGAAGCAGCGUUUACUAUUGCGUCUAAAACAAUUGAGACUAAUAAGAAAAUUGACUCCAUUCCUGGUCUUGAUGGUAGUUAUCCUACAGAGGAAGAUGUUGCCAACAAAAUUGUUCCUGCAAUUAACAAAAAUAAUGAUGAACAUGAUGUUCAGACUUUUCACUAUCAUUUUGAGUAAUCGUUUACGAUGAUUAAAACAAAUAUUCAUCAUGCCUGUCUAUUUAUUUAAA